AAAUGGAAAUAAGCGGGACGGUUGUAUGUCACCUAUUCUAGCUCGUACCGUGUUCUGCUACCUGCUUUGCUAUGAACUAUACCGUAUGAAGCUGUAUUUAGACACUGUAUGUAUUGUAGACUUGGAUAUAAAAGGAGUCUUCCUACGUAGGUUUCUCUUUAUACAGCACUACAAAGGAAUUGUUAUACAAACAUCUACAUUAUACUCGCUCCAAUAUGGCACUUAUCCGUGUUGCACUCAUCGGCCUCUCCUCGUCUGCGAAGACCUCCUGGGCCGCCCAGGGUCACUUGCCGUAUCUUUUAUCACCUCGGGGCAAAUCUCACUAUGAGAUUGUUGCGCUCCUUAACUCGAGCGUUGCGUCUGCAGAAGCAGCGAGAAAACACUUUUCGCUUCCUUCGGAUGUGAGGACUUAUGGCGACCCAAAUGACUUGGCCUUAGAUCCGGAUGUCGACUUUGUCGUCUGUUGCACCCGAGUUGAUACUCAUAGCUUGACGACGGAGCCGUCUUUGCGAGCCGGAAAAGCUGUCUAUAUAGAGUGGCCCCUCGUAGAGAAUUGCGAGGAAGCCGUUGCUUUGACGGCUAACAAACGUCUAGAUAAUAGCAUCAUUGGCCUUCAGGGGCGCGUCUCGCCUAUAGUCCUCAAACUUAAAGAGAUUCUCAAGUCGGGUCGAAUAGGCCGAGUAUUGAGUAGCGACAUUCGUGCCUACGGUAAUCUCUUACCCAGGGACUCGCUACCGGAGGGUCUUUCAUAUUUCGCAGACCGGAAGAUUGGGGGCAAUCCCAUCACCAUUGCUUACGGGCACACUAUCGACUACGUGCACGAAGUUCUCGGGGAGUUUGCCUCGUUUAAAAGUCGGAUGCAGAUACAGCGGCCAGUCGUCGCGGUUCGGGGUACGGAUGGGACUCGAAUCAAGGAGAUAGAAAGCGACGUACCUGAUUUUCUGGCUGUUCAUGGGAAGCUGGCCAAGGGGAAGGCAGAUAUUGCGGAGGAUGCUACAUUAUCUGUUACGUACAGGAGCGGACAGCAAUUCAAGGGGAACCCAGGAUUCGUGUGGACAAUUAACGGCGAAGCAGGCGAGAUCAUGGUGACCGCUAAUGGCGCAUACAUACACUCUGAUUCUUAUAGAGAGCCGAUCGAGAUCAAGAUCCACGAUCAUGCUUCGGAAGAGGUGAUCGAUGUAGAGUGGGACUGGGAAGACUGGCAAAAGGAACUCCCGUAUCGUUCCAGGAUCGUGGCGGAAUUGUAUGAGAGGUAUGCGCGUUGGUGGAAUAACGGAAGGCCUAUCGGUGAUCUCCCGGAGGAGAGGAAUUGGCCCCGGUUACAUGAUGCCGUCGCGAGAAUGAAGGAGAUGGAUGAGGUCUUUAAACAGUAUGACGCGCAAAAUGCGUAACUGCAUGAACAAGUCGACAGCCCAAGCCGAGUCUCUAGAUACACCGCAGCUAGCUAAGUUUCCAUGUCUGCGAUCACAAGUGUAGGCAAUGAUUGAAAGCGAUCGACUCUAUUUAUGAGGUUUUAAUUGCCCUUAAUUCACGUAAUUAGUCAUAGUUAAACUACUGAUUUGAGC